AUGCCUGCAGAGUUACCAGACGCGUUCGCGGUGUUGUUCGAGUCAAAGAGGUUGGUGAACAAGCCUGAGGUAGACGCUCCACUGGCUGAGCUAGACGAAGCAGUGGCAGAGGAAGUGUUGUUGGCGUUCGUAUUAUUAGCUAUGCUUGGGCUGCCUUGGUUUACAGACAUGCUGAAAGCUGCAAUAGCAGCGUUGAUAGCAGAAAAAUCCUCUUCCUCUUCCUUGGGCUCAGGACGGGGGAUAGCAGGCUGCUCUGAGCGUGGAAUACCGAGUAUCUUCUCGCGGAAGCUGAUCAGGUCUUCGUUGGUAACUGAGGUCCUGUUCCUGCGAUGA